AUGAAAAGUAGAUAUAUGAAUCGAGUUAUAGAAGAGAACAGCAAUAAUGCAUUGAGAUAUUUAGAUAGCUACAAGAGCGAGCUCUCAAGGAAAAAGGCUUGCAAUACAGGAAAGUGCAGAAAGCAAGAGCACAGCGAAGAAAAAGGUGCUAGAAAUAGCUUUGUAGGGCUACUAAUAAAAAUCCUUUUUGUGCUUGCCCUUCUCGCUGUGCAGCAAGUCUGCGCAAUACUAACAAGAAGUGACGCAGAGAAGGUGCAUCAAAUGGUAGUAAAUCCAGGGGAAAUAGUCAAAAAGGUGGCCAAUAUACAUGGCCCGCUAAGCCCAUUGAUGAUGUAUCUCUGCAACAAAAGAAAUGAUAUUCACAAACUGCGAUUCUAUUCAAGCUAUAUAUACCCAGGCUAUAUAGUCUCUAGCAAGGGAUAUGGCAAUACAUACAGAAGAAACCCAGAUAAAGAUAGUGCGCGGCAUAAAGACUUAGAGUUAGGUAAAAUGGAUCAUGCAAAAUUCUUUUAUAUUCUAAUGCAUAUGUUUCCUUCUCCUGAUGGAGAGUUAAGCAUUGAUCCAGCAAGAUACUCCAUCAAUUCAUUUACAAAAUUCCUGAACAGUGAAAAUAUAAAGAAGCAUGCCCAUACACUUCUUGCAACGCUUCUGCUAAGGACGGAAGGAAUAGAAGUGCCGCUGAAGCUUAAUAGAUCUAAUAAAAAAGUUUCGGCCGUUACACUAAGAAAAGUAUGUAUAGAUGACAAAGAAAUGGCGCAGGAAAUGGGAUGCAUUGAGUUAAAUCUAUAUAAUCUGCAUUAUACAAAACAAAACCAUACCACUAAUCAAUUAGAGUAUUUUGACCAGGCUCACAUCUUGGAUGAUAUUAUUUGCUAUAUUACUAGAACAUGCGCAGACUCACAAGUUAAUGCCUAUAGAAAGGAUAUAGAGGGGGAUUUAAAAAAAGAGUUCUGGGACAAAUAUUUUAUUUCAAGCCCGAAUUGGCUUAUACAAUCGUACAUACACCACUAUCUGCAAACCAAAGAAGAAGCUGUGCGCUUUAAUAGGACUGUAUACAAGAUGGUGUCUGAUCAUAUGAUAGAGUGUAAAAAAGACAAUCCGCACAGUCAAAAGCAAACCGCAGAGAGGUUCUUUAGAAGAUGCUUUGUACCUAAAUAUAAUAUUCAUAAAGCGGCCGAAUAUUGGGAAAUGCUAAAGGAAUUAGAAGACCUCACUAUAUGCCCCGAAAAGGCCAGAUUAUUGCCUCCAGAUGAUUUUCUAAGGCUUUUCUUUAAAGAAGAAGCUACAAUACACAUCCAUAAUAAUGCGUAUUUAGAAACAAAUGUGUUUUUAACUGAUGUUGAGUCUACAUUGUUGGGAAUGUUCUGCUGCUUUGCAUAUGAGCCAGAAAGCGAUACCUACAGUCUUGACCAUAUACCCAAUGCCCCGCAGGAGGCAAAGGAUUUCUUUUCUCAGCUGUCAUGCAGUAUUAAAAAACCUUUCAAUGAGUCAUCCAAAGUGCAAGAAGAUUUAAAUAAGAGUGAAUUAAAUAGCAGAAACUUAAAUGGAAAAUAUCUAAGCAAGAAAAUGCUUAGUAGUAUUCAUAUGGCUUGGAGAAAAAUAGUUAGAAAUAUAAAGGAUGAGGAUGUAGCCAUACAUUACAUGGCUCUGGAUAAUGGUAGCAUAAUUAUAAAAUCCGACAUUCUUAAUAUCCUCACCAUAAUUUUAAAGCUUGUAGGGAGGUACGAAGAAGAGAAAAAGAAAAUAGAAUAUCUUAAAGUUAAAGUGGCAAUAGAACACCCAUUUACUCAUGAAAAUCGACCAAAACAUCUUAUAAGAAUUAUAGAACAAUAUGCAUCGAAAUUAUUUUCUUCUCUUUCCAGGAACUGUGUUCCAUGCGCAAACAGACAGGAGUGGCGCGGAAUCCAAGAAUCAGAUAUAACCGGAAGACAUGUAUUUGUGGAAAUUAUAGCCCACAAAUUAGAAAAAGAUAGCUAUCUGCCUGAGCUAUAUGGAAACAUGGAGAUAUAUUAUGCGAAUAGGAGCCAAGCACACGCUUUAGUCAUGCAUGCAAUGACCCCUAAAAUAAGCUAUCUUAAAACUUCUAUGCCAGCUAUAAAUCUAGAUAAAUCUACAAAAAGAGAAAUAUCUAUCGCGAAGUCUAAAAUAGAAAAUAUGAAAACGGAUAGAUUUUCCAAGUACAUUCUUUUUGACUAUGCUCACCAUAUAGAGGAGCACAGGCUCAAAAGCUAUAGGAUGCUUUACGCCUGCACAGAUGCAUAUCAGAGCCUGAAAAGUACAAACGUUCUCUCAAAUCAACCGUUGUUACAAGUGCUAGAACGUGUAGCUGCAAAUACAGACAAUCUAAUUGGCUAUGUUAAAGACUAUGUAUAUACGCUUAUAAAAGAUAAUUGCCCACUCAGCCAUUGCAUUUGUAUUUUACAUAACAUGGUAUUAGAUCAUGUAGAGGAUAAUAUUGAGCUUCAGCUACUCUUAAUUCUCUGCAUAGGAUACAAUGACAAGAAUAUUAGAAUACACUUUGACAACAUAAAUAUUAUUAAAGAUAUGGAUCCCAUAAAAGAAGAUGAUAUAUCACUUUGUGUCAUAACAACUUUAAUUAGCUGUGCGAUGGAAAAUAAUCAACCACAUGGCGUUGCAAAUCUAAUAGCAAUAUACGCUCAGAUCUACUGGCAUAAUGACAGACAGUGUAUAAGUAAAAUAAUGAAAAUGUUUUAUGAUGACCAAAGAAGUAAAAUAAUUGAACAUUUGCAGAGAUAUUGUUCUGUUGUUUUUGGCCCAAUAUAG